AACAGUCAUCAGAUGUUGACGGAUUUGAAUAUCUAAAUGUCGAAAACUUACAGUACACGCCAGAAGGAACCGUCAUUAUUGGUGAUGUGGAGUUUUACCCGCACAGGAAUGCCAUAGCAAACCUCAAUCACCGUUGGCCUCAAGGUCAUAUACCAUACAUCAUCAGUAGCAAUUACACCACUGUGAUACACAACACAAUAAUGGCGGCCAUACAAGAGUUGGAGAGAGACAUCAACGGACCAACAGAGUGUAUCAAGUUCAUACCACGAACAUCACAGGCCACAUACAUAGACAUCAACAGAGGAACUGGCUGUCACUCAGCGAUUGGCUACAACAACAACGGCAGGCAGAGCGUGUCCAUAGGUCCAGGGUGUGAGUACAAGGGCAUCAUCAUGCACGAGCUCAUCCACACCAUUGGCUUCUGGCACGAACACAACAGAUCUGACAGGGACAACUACAUCAACAUUAACAUGGCCAACGUCAAGACAGAGUACCACCACGACUUCUCUAUCCCGACGAGCUCCAACAACCUGCACACGGCCUACGACUACGGCUCUAUCAUGCACUACGGCCCCUACACCUUCGCCAUAGACCGCACCCACCCAGUCAUCACCCCCAAGCCCGGGCACAUCGUGGAGGAACGUCUGGGCCAGAGAACCAGCCUGUCUGUCACGGACGUACUUAAGAUCCAAAGACUGUAUGGGUGCCGUGAAGAUACUAGCCACAUCACCACACUCGCCCCACGAACAUUUCUGAGCUGUCAUUUUGUGACAAAUAACUGUAGCGUCACCAUCGAGAACACUGCCGUGAAGUGGACGGUUCACAACGGUUCAUCGCCUGCUGGCCCAGGGGCAGGUAACUCUAAUGGCGCAGAUCCUUACAUGCUAGCCCGCGAAUCCCCCACCCACCCGGGGGUGGCCCGCUUCCACACCCCGUCCUACACACACGGAGACCUCUGUGUCGACUUCUACGUGUACCAGAAGGGUCCAAGCUCCUACCUCGAGCUGCUGACUACUGGCCCCCACAUCCAGUCCACAGUGGUCAAGACCUUCCAGCACAAGGGCAUCAGCUUCUGGAGCCACACCUCGACACAUGUCAACAUCCCGGCCGGGACGGAGUACAGGCUGACCUUCCAAGCACACCUCAAUCAAGGUGACGUAGCUGUGGACGACAUCCAGAUAUACAGCGGCAACUGUGUUUAACUAUCUUAAACCCUUAUGUGUUUAGUUUAAUUCUCUUAACACUUACGUCUUUAGUUUACAUUCUCUCAAAGCAACGAGAACACUACCCUUUCUCCGAAACACUACUAGUUUGGUGUCUGUUUUAAUAAUUUCUUUUAUAUAAUAAUAGCUAGAAUAUAUUACACAAAUAUAUCAAUACAACCUC